AUUUGCGAUUAAAAAGUAUCAAUUUAUCGGAUAUAUUCAUCCAAGGGAAACGUUUCGAUUUCAACGUUUCCAACGAUUAUUGGAUGGUGAACACGAAUCAAACCAUCCCAGGAAACUUAAUAAUCAAAAAUACAUUCGUUAAUAAUCUCAGAAGUAAAACGAUUAAUAAUACACCCUUUAACGAAUACAUCUCAAUCGAUAAAGAGUGCAACUUCAAAAAUUUGCACGUAAAAGGAAAUCUAAAAUUAAAUUUUGAGAAGGAACAUUCGCCAAAUUGGGUCGAUUUAAGUGAAAAUAUUGUUAGGAACGGCGGAGGAUACAAAUUGCGUGGACAAAAAAGUUUUAAUGGCACAAUAACUGUUAUGAACGCCAAUAUUGAUUAUUUAAACAACGUUAAAGUCGAUGAUGUUCCUACUAUACACAAUAACGAUUUUGAUGAUUACACCUUCGAUACCAUCAUUGCAAAUCAAUUAUUUUUUAAGAAAACCACAGUCGAAAAAUUAAACAACAAAAGCAUUAACGAGAUCACAAAUAAUAUCCAAUUCAACGAUCAAAAAUUAAACUUCAAAAAACUUUCUUUGGGAAAUGUAUUAAUUCAUGAUUUAAAAAUCGAUGAAAAUCUCAACGAUCACAAUUUCUCGAAAUAUUUAGAUGAUAUAAACAGUAUUUACAAGAUAAAGGAAAUUAAUAAUGUUGAAGCUACAAAAAAUAUUAAUGCUAAAUUCGCGAAAAUCACAAAAUCAAUUAAUGGGGUUAAUGUGGAGUUAAUCGAGGAAGCUGUACGAAAAGGAGCGAUAAUGAGCGGAAAUAUCACAUUUAAAAAUCAAGUUUUUAUAAAAAACCUCUUCAUCGAAAACCUAAACGAAAUAAAUUUACCCGAAACAUUAAACAAACUAUUAAAAAAAAAUCAAAAUCAAAUAAUUUCGGGAAAAUACUCAUUCAACAUCAUCCGGGCAAACGACUUAACAUCAAACUUAAUAAAUAAUUACAACUUAGAAAAUUUAAUUGAUACCAAUAAAAAAACUCAACAAGUUUUGAAAGGAAAUUUCAAAUUCAAAUCGAUUAAUGUGAAAUCGCUCAAAGGGGAAUUAAUUUGUAACUUAAAAGACGUUAUAAAUUUCUUUAAAACGCCCCCAAUGAAAAUUUGGAAUUCCGUAACGAUUAAAGGAAACAUAACCGGAAUUAACAACGUUUUCCAACACAUCAUCGACAACGUUGUGCGAUUAGAUCAAAACAACAUCAUCACAAAACCCGUUAAAUUUGUCUCAAACGUCCACACUAACAAUAUCAAAUCAAAACGCGGCUUAAAUGGAAUUUAUUUGGAUGAAAUUCAUAAAGACGCUUUACUCAAAAAAGGGGAUGAUCAAUUAAUAAAUGGUUUCAAAACAUUCAAAAUCUUAACAUGUUCAAGCGCAGAAAUUGAUGGAAACGCCGAUAUCCCAAUAGUAAAUGCUAUAAUAAUCAAAAACAUAAACGACAGUUUAAUAACAAAAGAUAUAGUUAAUAAAAUAAAAAUCAAAGGUCACAAAGUGUUCAACUCGGGAUUGAACGUUAAAAAAUUAAACACUACAAACAUUUCGGGCUUAAAUACAUCCCAUCUAGUUAACUUGGACGAUUUGAAAUCCAUCCCAAAAGCUAAAUUCGCCACAUCCGACAUUGUAGGAAAUUUAAGCUUAUUCCACGUGAAUAACACCGUGGAUUUCAACAAAUUUUUAUUAAACAGAUUUAAAAAAGACGGUGUCAACCAAGAAUUAUCUGGAGUUUAUUAUUUCGAUGCUAUCGAAACAAAAAAAUCGAUUAAUCUGGUAAAAUUAAACAACGUUGAAGUUAACGAUGUUGUUGAAAUUGAUAAAGACAUCAAUUUAACGUCGAAGAAUUUUGAAGGAAACCUUACAAUUCAAGGAAACGUUACGUUAAACUUUAUAAACGAUGCGGAUGUUUUAAAAAAAUAUAAUUUAAGCGUAUUUUAUGGGAAACCUGCAAAGUUCUUAAACGAUUUAGUCCUUGGUAAUGUAACUGAAUUAAAUGGAAAUGUAAAAACGAAUAAAAUCAAUGGAGUUGACAUCAAAAAUGUUAACCAAUUCUUAAACUCGAACGAAAUUUAUUUGAAAACGAAGCAAAACGAAGAAAUUGUUAAAGAAAUUCAAAACGUCGUUCAAAAUCACAAAAUUAACAUCAAAAAUAUGCCUCAAGAUUACAUGUACUUAGAAAAAGUUGAUGAACUCCAAAUUAAUAUUCCUAACACAAUAUCAGCAGAAAUUAUUGAUAAACCCGAUGGGGUUUUAAUUAAUAUGAUUGAUGAUUCACCAGGAAAUAAUUGUGGCCUUCCAAAAGAAGGUUGCAAUUGUCAAAGCCAACAUGUACUAAAAAUUACUAAUAAUUAUUCCCUUCAAACUAUCAGUCAUGAAUCUUCAGAUAGAAUUUUCAGUUAUCAAACAGAUUCAAUUUCGGCCCAUUUAAUUACCAACACCAUCAGUUACAGUCGACUUUGCACCAAAAAUUUAAACCGAAACAAUUCCGAAUCAACAAUUUUAACUUGGACAGAUUUGAAAGGGUUAAAAACUUACACUAAAUUCAAUUUAACAGAAGGUUUUAUAACAGGAGCCAAAUAUUUCGAAUACAUGGGCGAAGUUUAUGUUGUUCUAACAAGAUUUUAUGAACAAUCAGCGACAACUCAUAAUUUAGAUUGUGUUAUUUACAAAUUUGGGCAUUCAAAUGGUUUGGUUGAAUUAGUUCAAAAAAUACCAACGAAGGGUGCUUGGACGUUGUAUCUAUUUAAUUCGCCUCAAGGAUUAAUUUUAAUUAUAGGAAAUAUUUUUGAUUCUACAAGUAUUUUUAGUGGAACAAGCACAGAUAUUUUCAUUUUUAAUGAACAUGUUAAGCAGUUUGAAUUAUUAAGAAAUUUUGUUGGAUCUGGAGCAAUAUCAGUUACUGACAUAGUACUAAACGGAGAAACCCAAAUAAUUUUAGCGCAAAGAGAUUCGCCCUUAGUUAUUUUAAAAUACAAUGUAGAUUACAACAAUUUUUACAUCUACCAAAACAUCCAUCAAGAAUCGGAGAUCAUUUCCGUGUCAAGAUUUUAUUUGGGCGGAGAAAGAACUAAAGACGCUUACUUAAACGUCGUUACAGAAACGAACCAAUUCUUUGUAUACGUGUACAAACAUGUUGAAGGUUGGAUAAUCGAAUCACAAGGUGAAAUUGAUGGCUUGAGGUCUUUGGUUCCAUUCAAUUUAAACGGAAACAUUUAUUUAUUGGCACCUUCAACUAAAUUAAGCUCAUUAUUAACUGUUAAAAAGUACGGUUGA